UUAUGAGGUCCAACAGAUCUGUGCCAAUCUAGGUACUGCAGGUGGAGCCUUCAGCUGGCUUCAGGCCCCGCCCCAGCCUCCCAUCCAAUCAUGGUCCCUCCCUCCGGGGGCUGGGCUGACAGGCUGCUCUCCAGCAUCGGGUAGCUCCCUCACUAGGCUCCCAGCCAGGGACAAUGCGCGGCUGCCGCUAUUGCUGCUGCUGGAGGCAGCCACCCCGUGCCCUGAGGCUGUUGGUGUUGGUGCCAUUUGUUCUUGUACCUCCCCUAGCAGCAGCCACAGAGGGUCCAAAUCGUUGUGAUACCAUAUACCAGGGCUUCGCAGAGUGUCUCAUCCGCCUGGGGGAUGGCAUGGGCCACGGAGGCGAGCUGGAGACUAUCUGCAGGUCCUGGAAUGACUUCCAUGCCUGUGCCUCUCGGGUCCUGUUGGGGUGCCCAGAGGAGGCAGCUGCUGUGUGGGAGUCACUACAGCAAGAAGCUCGUCGGGCCCCGAACCCGGAUAACUUACACACUCUAUGUGGUGCCCCAGUGCGUGUUCGGGAGCGUGAUGCAGGCCCAGAAACCAACCAGGAGACGUUAAGGGUGACAGGGCCUGCACCUGCCCCAGCCCCCCUGCCUUCCCUGUUGGCUGCUGCUUUGGCCCUAGCUUGUCUCCUGGGGCCCCUGGCCUAGCAGGUAGGGGCUGGUGGCAGCAACCACACCUCCAACCCUGGCUCUGCAGAGCAUGAAAGGCUUUCAUUAAAGGUAUUUAUAUUUGCACUAGCUCCUUCCUUUUUCCCAGCUGCGCAGGCCGCCUGGCUUGGGCAGGGGCCCCAGAAGCUGAUCCUCAGCAUGGUAUGGGCGGGGCCUA